GUGAAUCUGACCAUCUCUUAGGAGACUUGAAUCUUAAGUUUCUAUAAAUGAACAAACCAGUUUCUCUCUUGUUUGAAGCAAUGCUGAAAUUCCAAGAGGCUGCUAGGUGUGUGAGUCGAUCAGCAGCUGUUUCCACUUACCCGGAGACCUUGAUCGCGAGAAGAUAUGUGCUUCAACAAAAACUUGGCAGUGGAAGUUUUGGAACUGUCUAUCUGGUUUCAGACAAGAAAGCGAAACAAGGAGAAGAACUAAAGGUACUGAAGGAAAUCUCUGUUGGAGAACUCAAUCCAAACGAGACCGUGCAGGCCAAUUUGGAGGCCCAGCUCCUCUCCAAGCUGGACCACCCAGCCAUUGUCAAGUUCUAUGCAAGCUUUGUGGAGCAAGAUACUUUCUGCAUUAUCACGGAGUACUGUGAGGGCCGAGAUCUGGACUGUAAAAUUCAGGAAUAUAAAGAAGCUGGAAAAACUUUUCCGGAAAAUCAAAUAAUAGAAUGGUUUAUCCAGCUGUUAUUGGGAGUUGACUACAUGCAUGAGAGGAGGAUACUCCAUCGAGACUUGAAAUCAAAGAAUAUAUUUCUGAAAAAUAACCUGCUUAAAAUUGGGGAUUUUGGAGUCUCUCGACUCCUAAUGGGACCCUGUGACCUGGCGACAACUUUAACUGGAACUCCCCAUUACAUGAGUCCGGAGGCUCUGAAGCACCAAGGCUAUGACACAAAGUCGGACAUCUGGUCACUGGCGUGCAUUUUAUAUGAGAUGUGUUGCAUGAAUCAUGCGUUUGCUGGCUCCAAUUUCUUGUCCAUUGUUUUGAAAAUUGUUGAAGGCAGCACGCCUUCUCUCCCUGAGAGAUAUCCAAGGGAACUAAACGCCAUCAUGGAAAGCAUGUUGAACAAGAGUCCUUCAUUGAGACCAUCGGCUAUAGAGAUUUUAAAAGUCCCUUACAUUGAUGAACAGCUACAGCACCUGAUGUGUAGAUAUUCGGAAAUGACUCUGGAAAACAAGAAUCUGAAUUGUCAGAAGGAGGCUGCUCAUAUAAUUAAUGUCGUGAAAAAAAAGAUCCACCUCCAGACUCUGCGGGCGCUGUCUGAAGUGCAGAAGAUGACACCGAGGGAAAGGAUGAGGCUGAGGAAGCUCCAGGCAGCUGAUGAGAAGGCCACGAAGCUGAAAAAGCUUAUAGAAGAAAAGUUUGAAGAGAAUAACAAACGAAUGCGAGAGCUGCGAUCUCGGAACUUUCAGCAGAGUGUUGAUGUACUCCACGAAUUUGAUGAACCAACUUCAGAGAACCUGCCUGAGUCUCAGCUCAUUCCUUCCCUGAACCUCACAGAACUUGAAUCAAGUGCAGAGGACACCACAGCCAACCUUGCAGAGAGUGAGAUCCCAGAAGACCCACUUGUGGCUGAAGAGUAUUAUGCCGAUGCAUUUGAUUCCUGUUCUGAAGAGAGUGAGGAGGAGGAAGAAGAAAUAGUGUUCUCAGAGCCAGAGGAAGAGGUCAAGGACCAGGAGCCCCAGCCUGCUUACAGAACAAACCAGCAGGACAGUGAUAUUGAAGCACUGGUCAAAUGUUUGGAAAAUGUCCUGAGUUGCACCUCUCUAGAUCAGCUGUGCAGAAACUGGGAGCGGAAGUAUUUGAAGAGGUCUAUGAUUACCUCAAGAGAGCAAGGCAGCAGCAUGCCAGCGAUGCAGAGAUCUGGGAGUCUCUAG